AUGAGCACGGACUUGCGAGAAGGGCCUGAAGCUACAGGGGCCGGUCUACCCAGUGCCAGCGUGCUGAGCGACAUGAUGUUGAGCUGGAUAUGUACCCUCGGCUCGACCCUAACUCACACUCGUUUCCAUCUCUCCCUCCGCACUGUCCUGCCUCCGGUCAUAUAUCACCGACUCCUUCUCUUCCGAAUAAUCAAGCCCACUGGUCUGGCUGGAUCCGACAGAGAAGGAGGAUGGUCCGCUCCAGAACUGUAUUGCAUGGAAGAGACCUGUCCUCACCUGGGCGCUCCCUUGAGCCACGCAGAGGUUCAGGAUAUGGAAGAUAGUAUGGCCAUUGUGUGUCCUUGGCAUCAAUACGAUUUCGAUCUACGAGAUGGUUCUAGCUCUACGGGUCUUAAAGCUUGCACUUACGAGGUUCAAGUGAGAGGUCAAGGAGACGAUGCGGAAGUGUGGAUCCAAGCUCCUCAUCUCGACGAGACUGUGACAUCCACCGAAGUAUCCACGUCUUCUGUACAAUGGGAGUUGGUAGAGAUGAGAGGUGUGAGUGAAGAGUUCGCAGACCCACCUCCCCCACCAACAUUGAGUAAACUCUCUUUGGAAGACCCCCCGACAUUGUCUUCUUCCCAAUUGGAUGAUUCCCUCCCUUUAGACUUGCCUGACACUCUACUCGGCUUCGCCCAUCUUAUCCUCCGCACUUCUCACCCACAACUCAAAUGUACUCUCACACGAGAAGCAGUCUCUAGACUUCGAGCUGGCAAGUUACAUUCAAUUCGACCGACUGUGGCAGAAACCAACAGAGAACGAUCAUCCAACGGAGGUCUUCUGAAUGUACCUCCUCGACAAGUCAAACUCGUCGAUCCUGGUGCUGCUCCCAAAAGAGGGAAAGGAGGAUCGGAAAAAUCGAGGAUUUUGAUGUUACAUGCCUUGGCAAAUAUUGAACAAUAUGCUAUAGAUUUAGCUUGGGAUAUAAUUGCGAGAUUCGCGGAUUUUCGUGUGGAGGGGGAGAGAUUACCAGUGGAAUAUUUCUUAGAUUGGGCAAAGGUCGCAGAGGACGAAGCCAAACAUUUCACCUUGUUAUCGAAGAGACUUGUGGAGCUUGGUUCUUACUUUGGUGCUCACUCAGUCCACGCAGCUCUAUGGGAUUCUGCCGUACAAACUUCUCAAUCCCUCUCGGCCAGGAUAGCCAUCAUCCAUCUCGUUGCAGAGGCCAGAGGGAUCGAUACGAAUCCCAUGACCAUGGCAAAGUUACAAUCUGCCGGAGACAAAGAGAGUACUAGGGUGUUGCAGAUCAUCCAUGCAGAUGAAAUUACUCACGUUACGACAGGACAUCGAUGGUUUACCUGGUUAUGCCAGAAAAGAGGUGUAGACCCAAUUACGACAUUCCGACAAGAAGUUUCCGACAAUUUCAGAGGGAAGAUCCGAGGACCAUUUAACGUUUCCGAUCGUCUUACAGCUGGUUUGACCCCGGCAUUCUACGAGGAUCUCCGUGGGAAAUUAGGACAGGAUCGGGGUCAGACUGAAGGAGAAGGAGACGAAUAUGUACAUCCUAGACUCAAGUAG